GCGCGUUGGAUUCAGGGAGGAGCGGCAGGAGGAGGCGCGUCUUCGUCGGAAUUUCUGCGCUCCCUCUGGCUCCGAUCGAGGAGCUUUCUUACUGAAGUUAACAGGUAGCGCAAUGAAAGCACCAUCGCUACUUGUUCGGUGUUUCCCUGGCUUGGUUCCAAGCAAGGCCACUAGCUGUGUGCCAGUGGUCUCAGAGAGGGAUCUGCAUCUGCCAUCACCAGCUGUUGAGAUAAUCCCAUCAAAGAGUGCUCAUCCUUACAAAUAUGCUGGAGAGAAGGUCGAUGUCCAAGGUCUUGAUGUUUUCAAGGGGAAGGUCAGUGUAGCGGAUAUGAUAGCCUUUUCCCCUUCUGAAGUACCAUCAUCAAAACAUGAUGGGAGUCUCAAAUACUGGGAGAGCUCCAUUACUCUUGUGAACAUUGUUAAAAAUGAGAUCCGGGAUGGGCAGCUGAGCUUCAGGGGCAAGCGAGUUCUGGAGCUUGGAUGUGGAUCUGGCCUAGCUGGGAUUUUUGCCUGCUUGAAGGGUGCAUCAAUAGUUCACUUCCAGGACACAAAUGCAGAAACAAUAAGAUGCAGAACAAUGCCGAACGUGCUUGCAAAUCUUGAGCAGGCUCGGGAUAGGCAGAACAGACCAUCGGAGAGCCCUGUAACACCAUCUCGACAGCUGUUAGCUCCCGUUGUCCAUUUCUAUGCCGGGGAGUGGGAUGAGCUCCCUACAAUUCUCUCGGUUGUGCACACACCUGCACCACCAACAAAUCUUAGCUUCUCUGAGGAUGAUUUUAAUGAUGGCUCCAGUAGCUAUGAUGGAAGCAGUAUAGUUGGUCAGGACCCUAGGAGAUCCAGAAAGCUUUCUGGCAGCCGCGCAUGGGAGAGGGCCACCGAGACUGACCCGGCAGAUGCAGGGUACGAUGUAAUUUUGAUUCCAGAGAUCCCGAAUGCUGUGAACUCCCUAAAGAAGAUCUAUGCCCUUGUCACAAAGUGCCUACGCCCACCUUAUGGAGUCCUGUAUGUGGCUUCAAAGAAGAACUUUGUUGGUUCCAACAGCAGCGCAAGACAGCUUAGAGCUUUGAUGGAGGAGGAAGGUGUCCUUAGUGGCCACUUCUUAACUGAGCUAUCUGACAGGGAGAUAUGGAAGUUCUUUUUCAAGUAACCAGCAAAUCCAGGAACUUGAAGAAGAUGAGUCAUGGCCUCGUACACACAAUUUUUUGAUGUCUACUCCCGCAGCGCUGUACAUACCACGACGCUUAGUUCCAUUAAUUCUUUGGUAACAGGUUCAAAAUAUGCGUCAGUUGUUAAACUUGCAAAUGAGUUGGCAUUUUGACCCUUUUGUAGAUCUCCUGUUUCGUACCUGUUAAGUAGCGACAUCAAAUUGUGUUGACCUUUUGUAUACCGAAUCUAUGAUGCUGGCCUUCUAGUCGCAGCAUGAUAUCAGCAAUAUGUACAAAUCGUUGUU